UAAAGGUAGCAGUAGUAGUAAGUUAGUAACGAGUAACGACUUGGCUGCCUCAAACAUCUUAUCCAACUCUGCUUUGAAGCAAGAGCGUGGCAACAACAUGAACGCUUUGCCCUCUACUUCCUUCUGCAACUACCAAAUACCAAAGUUUAAGCUCACAAAUUCAACUUCAACCCUCAACCACAUCUCCUUCUCCCAUUUCACUACUCCCUCUCUCAGCAGAAGCCUCAGAAUUUAUGCUAAUUCCAACCAAGUUGAAACACAGCCUCCUGUAGAGGAAGAACCCACCGGUCUUGAAUCCAAGGAAGCAACUAAGCCCUCCUCUGUUCCACUUGACAAAGAUCUUAAAAAGGUUGUUCAAAAAACUGCUGCAACCUUUGCUCCAAGGGCUUCCACAGCUUCCAAGAACCCCGCAGUCCCUGGAACUGUUUUAUACACUGUUUUUGAAGUACAAGGCUAUGUUUCCAUGUUGUUAGGUGGAGCUUUGUCUUUUAAUCUACUGUUCCCUUCAAAUGAACCAGAUAUAUGGAGACUAAUGGGAAUGUGGUCAAUUUGGAUGUUCACCAUUCCAUCAUUACGGGCUAGAGAUUGCUCUAAAAAUGAGAAGGAAGCUCUUAACUAUCUCUUCCUUCUAGUCCCCUUACUCAAUGUAGCAAUUCCUUUCUUUUUGAAGUCUUUUGCUGUUGUUUGGUCUGCUGAUACUGUAGCCUUCUUUGGCAUGUAUGCAUGGAAGCUUGGUUGGUUGCAAAAAGAAGAGUAGGAAUCCUUUGAUGGCUCUCUUCCAUUGAGUACCAUAAAUAGGCAUUUUGAUUUAGCAGUGGGGCACUAUAGAAGAAAAAGACAACCUUUUUCAUGAAGAUACAUAAUCAUGGUAUUCAAGCCCAAAUGAUUUGUUAAUAUGAUGUAUUAUAUGGGGAAACUUCAUUAUAACAUUUGGGUGCUCAUUAAUACACCUGAAUUCUGUUUUUUUUUUUCUUUCUUUUGCAAAUUUUGUUUUGUUAUUUACUUCACCAGCAACUUUGAAGAAAGAAUUAAGAACACAAUAUUACUUGUAUGAUAUGACAGAAUUAAGAACACAACUUUAAAGAGUUAUACUUAUACUAUUGGAAAUA